AUGUCUCGAAUUGAGAGGCGCGCGUUUAUUUGCAACACGAUGCAGGGUGACCUAGACGAGACCGUGGAGCGCUGCGCUUCCCUGCUGACGUCAGACGACGGAAUCCGGAGCGGAUGCAGUCUGCCGAUGGGCCUCUGUAAGAGUCCGGAAGAUGAGAAUGGAUUGCGCUUUGCUAGGCUCGCCCAGGAAAUAGCGGCAUGGGACGGAGGUGCCGUUCUUAGGCGGCUCUUGUGGCUGACGCUCGGGCGACCAUAUCGGAUUGACGGCGACAGCAAAGGUCGCCAACACCUCCUCGCCUCUAGUUACACGCUGUCGCUUGGGAUGCUGACGUCGAGCAAGGUGGUAGUGGAGCGCGGGACUGCGGCUGGGAGGGGAGGAAUACGGAUUCCGGCCGGAAGAGGAUGGAAACGGAACAGAGCGGGGGAAAAAAGACGAGGGAGGAGCACCGGACCAGAAACGGAGCGGAAGCGGGUCGGAAAAGAAGGAGAACGCGCGGCAGAUCUGCGCGCGCACAACGCGCUCGAAGGAUUCCGCCCCCACAAGCGGACGAUCAACGGCGCGGAACCGGACUCCCACCCGUGGGCGUACUACGAAGGCAGGUUGCGAGGUCUAGACAUGCCCCUGAGACGCGAGCUUUCCGCCGCGGAUUGGGAGCUCGCGGAAGAACAGCUCAGCAGACAGUACUUGGCCCCGGUUGUGUGCUCGCGGAAGCUGUGCGCGGCCGGCCGCGAGCCCGUCGUGCGGGCGCUGCCAGGUGGCGCGAUACUGCAGGUGAGAGCCUACGUCGUAUAG